AUGGCGACCGGCGCAUCCGGAGGCGUGUCCGCGCAAACGGGUGAGUCCGCCGCGGCGCAGGACGCCGGCCCGGACGGCGUCCCGCCGUACGUCGAAUUCGAAUCGAUCGACAAGAGCUACGACGGGCGCACGCUGGUCGUCCGGGACCUGGAUCUGAGCGUUCGCGAAGGGGAGUUCCUGACCCUGCUCGGGCCGUCCGGCUCGGGCAAGACCACCUGCCUGAUGAUGCUGGCCGGGUUCGAGACCCCGUCGUCCGGCACCAUUCGAAUCGCCGGCCGGUCCGUGCACGAUCUGCCGCCGCGGCAGCGCAACAUCGGCGUCGUCUUCCAGAACUACGCGCUGUUCCCUCACCUCACGGUAGGAGAGAACCUGUCCUUUCCGCUGGAGGUGCGCCGCCUCGAUCCCGCUCAGCGCCGGGAGCGCGUGCAGCGGGCGCUGCGGCUGGUGCGGCUGGAGGGAUUCGAGGACCGGCGGCCCGACCAGCUCUCCGGAGGCCAGCAGCAGCGCGUCGCCAUCGGCCGCGCGCUGGUGUUCGAGCCGAGCCUGGUGCUGAUGGACGAGCCGCUCGGCGCCCUGGACCGCAGCCUGCGCGAGGAGAUGCAGUACGAGAUCCGGCGCAUCCACCGCUCGCUCGGCGUCACCGUGGUCUACGUCACCCACGAUCAGCAGGAAGCGAUGGUGAUGUCGGACCGCAUCGCCGUGUUCAACCGCGGGCGCAUCGAGCAGGUGGCGUCCCCGGAGAUCCUCUACGAGGAGCCCGAGCGGCCGUUCGUGGCCCGCUUCAUCGGCGGCAACAACCUGCUGCGCGGGCGGGUCACCGCCGUCGACGGCGACUACUGCCGCGUUGCCGUGAGCGGGCAGAUGAUCGCGGCCUAUCGCGUGGCGGCGUGCGGGGUGGGCGACCCGGUGGCCCUCGCCAUUCGCCCGGAACGGGUCGCCCUCGCAUCCCGGCCGCGUGAGUACAGCAACCAGUUCGAAGCGCGGGUCGAAGCCAUCACCUUUCUGGGCGAUCAUCUGAUCGUGCACGUGCGAGCCGGGCGGGCGUACCGACUUCGCACUCAAGUUCCCCAACAUCGUGGGGCAUGGCGCGAUGUUGGAGGGUGA